CGAAGGUGCCUGGGGGUUUGUCUCGCAUCCGGGGGAGUUUGACAGGAAUUGUCCGGGACCCCACGGAGGUGAGGGCUCAAAGGGUGGUGAGGGCACAUAGUAGGGGAGUGGAAGCUUGGCUCUCAGGCCUAGGCUCCUAUCCUGUCCCAGGCCAGGUCCAGGCCCUGGACCCCGCCUAGCGUAGGCUAGUGUGUAUCCCUGGAACCAGAAGAGAGUAGGUGGGCUCUGGAGGCCUCCCAGGACCCCCGUAGACUCUGUGAUGCCCACGCCCCAGAACAUGGGUGGGCGCUAUGAGGCAAGCCAGGACCUGCUGGGCACCCUGCGGAAGCAGCUUAGCGACAGCGAGAGUGAGCGGCGGGCCCUAGAGGAACAACUGCAGCGCCUGCCGGAAAAGACCAACUGCGCCAUGCAGGCCCACGAGGACGCCCAGCGCGAGGUGCAGCGGCUGCGGAGUGCCAACGAGCUCCUGAGCAGGGAGAAGAGCAACCUGGCUCACAGCCUGCAGGUGGCCCAGCAGCAGGCCGAGGAGCUGCGGCAGGUGUGGGAGAAGCUGCAGGCUGCCCAGGAGGAGCUGCGGCGCCAGCGGGACCGGCUGGAGGAAGAGCAGGAGGACGCGGUGCAGGAUGGCGUGCGGGCUGAGGCUGGCCGCGUGGAGCUCGAGCUCUCCAUGACCAAGCUGAGGGCAGAGGAGGCCUCCCUGCAGGACUCCCUGUCCAAGCUGAGCGCCCUCAACGAGAGCCUUGCUCAGGACAAGCUGGAUCUGAACCGCCUUGUUGCCCAGGGGCUACAGAGCAGCAGGCACACUGCUGGUGGGGGAGGCACGUCUGUGCAGAGGUCCACUGUGGUCUUCAGCCCAGAGCACGGACAUCCCAACCAGGGCUGCAGGACAAACAGCUAUAUUUUCAGCAGAGCAGAUGCCAGCCGGGAAGACACAGAGCUAGUUGCCUUCAACACCGACAGCCAGCCCCAGGCUGCUCAGAAAAGGCCACUGGGCAAGGAGAGGCGGGGACCUGGACCUUUGGGUCCCAUUGGCCUCUCUGUCAGAGGCUUUGCCCCUGGCCCUGGCUUCCGAGAGGCUGUUUUCCUGGAGAAGGCCACAGCGGUUCUUCUCAGAAAUGUUCUCCCUUUAAUGAUUCAGCACGCAUGCUGA